CCCGCCCGCAGCCCCGGGGGCCCGGCGCUCCCCGCCCGGUGCCGGUGCCGGUGCCGGUCCAGUUCCGGCUCCGGGCCCGGGCUCAGCCCGGCUCGGCCCGGCCCGCCGCAGGGAGGAUGGGGCAGCCGCGGCGGCCGGCGAUCGGCUGCGGCCCGGCGGCGCCAUGACCGGCGAGAAGAAGAAGAAGAAGCGGCUCAACCGCAGCGUCCUGCUGGCCAAGAAGAUCGUGAUCCGGGACGGGGCCGGCCGACAGGGGAUUGGGGACCCCAGCGUGUACCACGCUGUGGUGGUGAUUUUCCUGGAGUUCUUUGCCUGGGGGCUGCUGACCACACCGAUGCUGACGGUUUUGGUUUCUUUUCCCCCAGGUGUUACACCAGACUUUUCCUCAGCACACAUUCCUGAUGAAUGGCCUGAUUCAUGGAGUCAAGGGUCUGCUCUCCUUCCUAAGUGCUCCGCUGAUUGGUGCUCUCUCUGAUGUCUGGGGCAGGAAAUCCUUCCUCCUCCUCACCGUCUUCUUCACGUGUGCACCAAUUCCCCUGAUGAAGAUCAGCCCGUGGUGGUACUUUGCUGUCAUUUCCAUGUCUGGGGUGUUUGCUGUCACCUUUUCUGUGAUUUUUGCCUACGUUGCCGAUAUCACGCAGGAGCAUGAGCGCAGCACGGCAUAUGGCUUGGUGUCAGCCACGUUUGCUGCCAGUCUGGUCACCAGCCCGGCCAUCGGCGCAUACCUGUCCCAAGCCUACGGUGAUACCUUGGUGGUUGUGCUGGCCUCAGGUGUUGCUUUGCUGGAUAUUGGCUUCAUCCUGCUGGCUGUACCAGAGUCACUGCCAGAAGAAAUGCGCCCAGUCUCUUGGGGAGCCCCAAUUUCUUGGGAACAAGCCGACCCAUUUGCUUCCCUGCGGAAGGUGGGUCAGGACUCCACCGUGCUGCUCAUCUGUAUCACCGUCUUUCUCUCCUACCUUCCCGAAGCCGGCCAGUACUCCAGCUUCUUCCUGUACCUGCGACAGGUCAUUGGCUUUUCCUCAGAGACUGUAGCAGCCUUUAUCGGUGUAGUUGGAAUUCUCUCUAUACUGGCUCAGACAGUUGUGUUGGGAAUUCUCAUGCGUUCCAUAGGAAAUAAAAACACCAUCCUCCUGGGACUAGGCUUCCAGAUCCUGCAGCUUGCCUGGUAUGGCUUUGGAUCACAGCCUUGGAUGAUGUGGGCAGCAGGAGCUGUGGCUGCCAUGUCCAGCAUCACCUUCCCAGCCAUCAGUGCCAUGGUGUCGAGGAACGCGGACCCCGACCAGCAGGGUGUGGUGCAGGGGAUGAUCACUGGAAUUCGGGGUCUGUGCAAUGGCCUGGGGCCGGCGCUCUAUGGCUUUGUCUUCUAUCUCUUCCACGUGGAGUUGAAUGAAAUGGCUGAGGUGGAAACUUUGGGCAAGGCCUCCAAACCCAACAUGGCCAACCCUACGGAUGAGAGCAGCAUCAUCCCUGGGCCACCCUUCCUGUUCGGGGCGUGCUCUGUGCUGCUGUCGCUGCUGGUGGCCCUGUUCAUCCCGGAACACAACCUGGUGCUGAGGUCGGGCGGCCACAAGAAGCACAGUACGGGGGCCCAGGCCCACCCCCACAGCCCCCCGGCCGGGGGGUCGGAUGGCAAAGAGCCCCUGCUGGAGGACAGCAGCGUGUGAGGUGGGACAGCGGGACCUGCCUCAGGCUCAGCUCCAAGGAUGGACUCGGCAGGAGUUCGGGGUGGGGGAGAGGAGCCGAGGUAACAGACUGUGCUGCUGACAGCUGCUGAGGAGGGACGGGCUUUCCCUUCAAGCCAAAUACACACAGCUGGUGCAGAAAUGGAAUUGUAUCACCUGGUGUUGAUGGAGAGGGGAGAUGCAGAACUGCUCCAUGUGGAAGGAUAGUUCUGGAAAGCAAACCUGCCCUUGCGCGUGAACCCCGUGCCGUGCCCUGCCCAACCCUCCACUCACAGAGGAUGGAGCCGGCGUGUCCGUGUUUGUGGGAGCUCACUGGGCUGCCUCCCAGAAUAAAACAUGGCAUCUGCUCUGUGCCCCGUCCCUGACACAGCUGAUUCCUGCCCCCGGCAGCCCCCGGGGCGGGCGGGGCACCCCCUGUGUGUGUGUGGAGCACAGGGGUGGAGCUUCCUCACUGCCCGAGGACCUGAGGAAUUUACCCAUUCUGCCCCAAGUGAAACUUAGACCAAAAAAAAAAUAAAUCUUCUGAUUUAAUGUUCUGAUGAAGAGGAUAAAAAUUAAGAAGUCGAGUUGCAGCUCACACAAGGGAGAAUGGGCAGGUGAGAGAAGGGCAACUACAUGAAUUACAAAUGCUUGAAUGGCCACAAUGGCCAUAGUUCUGUUUGGUUUUCCUCUUUUUGUCAUGUUGAGGUGACAUUUGCCUGUCACUGCCUCCACAGGCAGUAGAUAGAAGGAUUUUUCAGAAAUCUUUGUAUGGAGCUGUGAGUGUUGUUUAGGAGAUACAGUUCUCUGGGAGGUCAGAGAAACAAUUAAACUGUGCCAAGCACUUUGGAGAAUGUGGUUUCCUGGGAGAGAGGUCAGAGAAAUGGUUGUUUGCCUUGAGCACUUGUAUAAAGCAUGGUUUGUCCUGGGGCUCCUGCCAUCUAAUGUUAAACCCAGAGAAUGCUUGGAGCUGGUUUAUUCUCAGCCUGGGAGAUCCUAAUGGUGAGGAUUGUGUUGAUUUGGACUUACAAUUUGGAAUUCCGUGUGGCAUUUCUGAGCCUGCUGUGAAGGCUUUUGUUUAUAAACCAGUGAAAUUGCAACCUUUGCUGCAGGCUGGGCUUUGCUCAGAAAGAGCAGGAGGUGCUUGAAGUGUUGUGAAAGAAGCUGAGGCAACCAGGGAAAGUGUGGUUGUUUAUAGAGAUGUGACAGAGGGCAGGAAACGAUUGUUCUCAUUUAAGUAAAUCACAAGUAGUGGCACUGAGCAGUUCUGGGAAGUAACGACCAAACUGGAGACACUUUGGGAAUCUGUUGUUAAGGGAAUUGAGGCUGCAGUGGCCACACCAGUCCUGCCUCAGAGUGGGGCCAGUGCAGCCAUGGCCAUUCUCUGGACAGGGUCCUCUCUCUGUGGGUUUGGGACAGGUAACCCAGGGAAGAGCAACCAAAAAGGAGGGUGUGUUGGCCCUUCACGUCGUGGUUCUUUGCCGACAGGUCAUCACUGCAGCUACUGCAAAUGCAGUUUGCUCUGGAUUUAAUGGUAAACACUGCCUGGACGACCCUGCUGCUGACCCCAGCUGGCACACACAGGGCAGUGCUGCCCAUCCCCACUCUGCCUGGGAGCAUCCUCUGACUGCUCUGGAGCCUGUUGGGGCUGGUCAGUGUUGGCUCUGGGCACAGCAAGGGUGGCAACUUCAUGUGGGUCCCUUAUGUGCCUGUCAGACACUGACAGCCAGGACCAGCUGCCUGCCCAGCCUGGGUAACUGGUAACACGGUGUCAGUUUACCAGUCUUCUGGACCAGUUGGUUAUUGAAGGUGGAUGUUUAAGUGAAAGGAUUGACAGUUUGUUUUGCAUGGAUCUGGCCUGGUACCAGAUCCUGUGCUCAUAACUGGGAGCAGCCUGUUCUGCGAGCAGAGCGGACAGGGAGGGAUGCUGAGGUGGGUCUGGCUGCAGGGCUGGGGAGCAGAGCCAGCAGGAACUUCAGUGACCUGCCGUGACUCCACUUUUCCCAAGCUCCUUGUGGCGACACUCCCAAUUCCCAGAUGUUGCUGGGAUGGUCAGUAUUUGUGAGUGCAUAGCAAGCUUUUUUUCUGAAGGAAAUCCGGUCACUUGCACUUCCAGGCAGCAGUUCCCCCCUCCGUGUUCCUCACAAAAAUGCCUUUUUUAGACAGGACUUUUACCAAGUCCUGGUGAUCUGUUGAUUUACACUUGAUUAAAGUGAGCUAAAAGUGGGUUUUUCCCUCACAUACAGAUGAAGUAAAACACAGAAUUGUUACCUUGCUCACACAGAGGCACUUGAAGCUUCACGGGUACGAUAGAGCGGCACGUUGCAAAAAGACGAGCAUAAUUUAUAUGAUAUAAAGUAUAUAGAGAUAUAUUUUUAAAAAGUCCCUUCCCUUAUUCCACAGUUUAUUGAAACUGAUGCGUUUCUUGAUCCUGUUCCCUCUCACCACCACUGCUGCCUGCGGCUUCUCAGCCUCUCCUUCCCUCAGACUGCAGAACCGUCCGUGACCUUCCCUCUCCAGUCCUGUCCCUCAUGACACGACCCCCGAGCUUCUGGCGAUGCCGAGGUGCCCUGGCUUGUGUGCCACGGGCCUGGAGUGUUUUGAUGCCUUUUUCAGCCUUCAAGCUCGGGGUCAGGUGCUGCCUCAGGUGAUACCAGGUGAGGGGCUGCAGCCUGGCUGGUGAGCAGCUCUGCUGCCACCAGGGUACAGCACUGGGAACCAGUGGGGGAACAGCUCUGGGAACCAGUGGGGGAACAGCACCGGGCAGCUGGAGGUGGGGGGUGCAGCACCAGGCAGCAGUGGGAACCGGUGGAAAAGUGGCUUGUGCCGGCCUGUGGAUUCCUUCCCACCCUCCUGGGGUCCCUCUCAUCUGGUUCAGUGGGGCCUUGGUCCAGUGCCUCCCCUCCCCUCGGCGCAGGGGUCCCCGCACUGUUCUGCCUUUAUGUGACAGAGCAGGAGCUGGGCCAAGUGGUGCCAGAGCUGAAGUUCCCGGAGCCAAAUGAAGAAUGUCUCAUUCUGAAGGGCCGGUACUUCCACAGCAUCCCACGUGGAGUCUGGAAAGGCUGUGUGGAGCAUUCAACUAGUUUUGCCAAUUUUUUUUACUUUAUAUGAAAACGCAACUUUUUAAAAAGAGUCUUUUCUUAAAAUCCCCUUGAUCUGCUGUGCAGUGUCUGAGCCUGGCUGUUUAACAUCAGAAUUCCCAGGAUUUGUCUGCAGGGACUUACAUUUCAGGAUGGUAACAGCAAUGCCCAAACACAAGGCAAAGAUCAGCUUGAUUGCCCGUCUGCAGUCCCGGCAUUGACGGCCACAGGUCAAGUGAGUUGCCACUGAUCUUGUUGCAUUAAAAACCUGAGUUACACCAUUGUUUUCUCUUCUGCCAUUAAUUUUGCAAAGUAGUAACAUUUUACUUCCCCGUUUUUAUUCUUUCUCUGCACUCAAAUGGCUGCUGACAGCUGUGGUAUCUUUUAAGUGUGGGCAUGGGCUGAGUCCCACCUCUGCUCUCUCACAGUUCCCCAUCGCGUGCGUUCAUGUGUCUCUUUUUUAAGCUAACGAUAAAAUGUAUUUAUUUCGGUUCAGGUUGUGUUUGGAACUGGCUAAUCUCUCCCUCUGAUGGAUUAUUUAUUAAACUGCUGCUUUCCUGUUGUGUUGAA